AGAGAUGUUCACCUGGUGGCUUCUCUUAAUUCCGGGCAUCAUCGCAUUUAACGUUCCAUUCAUGAACACUGCACAGGUUACUCAUUCUGGUCCCUCAACAUCUUCAAAAUUGGCAGAAAACUCAGACGAAUUACAUCGAUCAAAACGUGGAUACUACUUUUCACAGUUCGACCAAUACAGUAAUAACCUCCUGGUUCAACCUGAACAUCCAGAUGAUCUCAUGAAAAAAUGGAUCACUUAUGAGCACAACCGCUACCGAAGAAUGGUUCCUGCUACUGACAUGAACAUGCUGUACUGGUCAGAUGAUUUGGCCGCAAGUGCUCAACGGCAUGCGAACACUUGCGAUUUCAGACAUUCUAAAGGGAGAGUGAAUGUUGGGGAGAAUAUCUGGGCUGCCCCGUACAGCAACUACUCUGAUGCGGUCACGCUUUGGUUUGAUGAGGUGAACAAUCCCCGUUGCGGUUGUAAUCACGCCUACAAACACUGUUGUGGUCAUUAUGUUCAGGUUGUAUGGGCUAAGACAAACUUGGUCGGUUGCGGUUUUGCCAGAUGUCGCGACGUGCAAGGACUCUUGGGUCGAGGACAUCGCAAUGUUUUCGUCUGUCACUAUAACCCGCAAGGGAACACGGUAUUCGUCACUGGAUCCGGACAGCUUUAUGCGGUACCAGCCUUCACCUGGGCUACUGGCGACAAAGGCCGCUGUUCGGAUUGUCCCCCUUCUGCCCCAGCCUGCUUCGAAGGACUCUGCUAUAUGCCCAGCGAAUGA